CCCGUCUGAGGAGGACGUUAAGUGCGACUCGCUUUUCGUGGGGUUGGAGUGCUCUUACGUGUCCUGCCCGGGCCGAUAUCUGGCCAACUAGUGCGUCCGAGUGUGACAAUAUGUAUCAACCGUACAUUAAUCAGGUGGUCCAAUCGCUUCAGACGUUCAGCUCGAACGAAUUGCGUGAUUUGCUGGGCGACGACGAGAAGCUAGACGAACGGGUCAAUGAAGCGGUAAAAUCACUCGAAUCUUCUAAAGAGCUGCAACUGGUAGAGAACCGAAGACUGGCUGAGGAAAAUUUAAGGCAGGAACCGAGAUUAAUUGAGUUGCGCUCGCGGGUGCAGGAACUGUCCGUAGAGGGGCGAAAGCUGGCCACAUCCGUGAAUGAAAAAAUGAAUGAACUUAAAUCAAAAUCGGGUAAUACGAAUCCGGAAACGAUGCUCGCCCUGCUACAGACUGCUGCUGCUGAAUGCGAAGAGGAGUCCGAGGUGCUUGAGAAACAGUGUUUAAACAACGAACUGGCGAUUGACGCAUUUCUAGACCAAUUUAUGGCCGUCCGCAAGCUGAUGCACUGUAGGAGAGCCAAAGCGGACAAGAUGAUCGAAUUGCUGCGUAACCAGUCGAACGCCAACCGUAGCACUGUCUCCGGUGCUACGUUCGUCAAUCAGCACGGCACACCGUUCCCGCCGGCGCGCCAAUCGGGAGGAUCUAAGUUCUACCUACCUCCCGCACCGACCACCGGUUCACCGCCGGCCGUUCCGUACCCGGUCGGGAUGCCAUCGAUGCCACCGUUGCCAAUGUUUCGACCACCCCACUUUUGAACCUUUCCCCUCUACCAGAUGCCUUCCCUUCGAUUGGGGUCCAUUAGAAAGGACUCAGCGUACUCACACUGCUCACCAGCAGCGGAUGGUAGUAUCGAACAAAUGUUUCAUCGACUGUCAACACGCUUCAUACAACAUAUAUUUAGAAUGUGCUAUUGUGCUAUGUCCCCGUGACGGUGGACGUAAUUUGUUAAGUUAGAUCUGUAUUGGCCCCAGAUUCGUG